AUGUCCAGCAAAGCAAAGCUUGAGGAGAUCCCCAUCACCGUAGAUUUCUCCGGCGGUCUUGAGAUGCUAUUCGACAAUCAGCGUCGUCACUCUAUUUCCUUGCCUGCUAAGGAUACGGAGGGAAAGCCGGUCACCAUCGCAUUUUUGAUCGACUAUAUCUGCAAGAAGCUCAUGAAGGACCCCCGCACCGAUCUGUUUGUGUUAGAUAACCACAUCCGGCCUGGCAUCCUGGUGCUGAUUAACGAUGCCGACUGGGAACUCGAGGGUGAGGAGGCCUACGAAAUUCAGCCAAACGACAAUAUCCUGUUUGUUUCAACGUUGCAUGGAGGAUAG